CCUUGCACGAAGCAACCGACGACCCAGUCAGCAACAACUGGGUCUAACUGGCGAUAUCUUCUGAAUAGUCGGGGAAUUCAUUCAGACGCUAUUGCUCAUCCUCUCGGCCUCGUAAGAGCUCGUGUCGGGCUUCCACCAUUCUUUCAUGAUCCCCUAACCAUCAUUUCGGUAUAAUUGACUCGAAAAUAUCUUCUCCUCUUACGCUCGACCAAUCGCACUCAUUAGCUCCUCUACCGAAACAAUGUCUCCUCAAACAAACGGGCAGGGUUCUGUCAACGGCAGCCGAACAGUUCCUAUCUCUAACGGCAAGGCUAGCUGGGCCGAGAAACACAAAGUCGCGGACCACUUCAUUGGCGGUAACCGACUUGAAAACGCAGCUCCAUCAAAAGUUAAGGACUUCGUGGCCGCUCACGAUGGACAUACUGUUAUCACAAAUGUGCUCAUUGCCAAUAACGGUAUUGCUGCCGUCAAAGAAAUUCGCUCGGUCAGGAAAUGGGCCUAUGAAACGUUCGGCGACGAAAGAGCUAUCCAGUUCACCGUCAUGGCUACUCCUGAAGAUUUGGCGGCUAACGCCGAUUAUAUAAGAAUGGCCGACCACUAUGUUGAAGUCCCUGGUGGCACAAAUAACCACAACUACGCCAACGUUGAGCUGAUUGUCGAUGUUGCCGAGCGCAUGAAUGUACACGCCGUAUGGGCAGGAUGGGGACACGCUUCAGAAAACCCAAAGUUGCCCGAGUCGUUAGCCGCGUCUCCCAAGAAAAUUGUCUUCAUUGGCCCCCCAGGAUCCGCCAUGCGCUCCCUCGGUGACAAGAUUUCUUCUACUAUCGUCGCACAGCAUGCCAAGGUACCAUGCAUCCCAUGGUCAGGAACAGGUGUAGAUCAGGUCGAGGUGGAUUCCAAGGGACUGGUCACCGUUGCCGACGAUAUCUAUAUGAAAGGUUGUGUCAACUCAUGGGAAGAGGGUCUUGAGAAGGCUCAGGAGAUUGGCUUCCCCGUCAUGAUCAAGGCUUCCGAAGGUGGUGGUGGUAAGGGUAUUCGUAAAGCCAUGUCGGAGGAAGGGUUUGAGCAGUUAUACAAUGCUGCAGCGAACGAGAUCCCUGGAUCACCUAUCUUCAUUAUGAAGCUAGCUGGAAACGCCCGACAUUUAGAGGUGCAGCUGUUGGCUGAUCAGUACGGAAACAACAUCUCUCUUUUUGGCAGAGAUUGUUCCGUUCAAAGGCGGCAUCAGAAAAUUAUCGAAGAGGCCCCCGUAACCAUCGCCAAACCGCCAACAUUCAAAGGGAUGGAAGAAGCCGCAGUACGACUGGGUCGCCUUGUGGGUUACGUCUCUGCUGGUACGGUUGAAUAUCUAUACUCGCAUGAAGACGACCAGUUCUACUUCUUGGAGCUGAACCCACGUCUUCAGGUCGAGCAUCCCACAACUGAAAUGGUUAGCGGCGUUAAUCUGCCUGUGGCUCAACUUCAGGUUGCUAUGGGUAUCCCUCUUCACCGAAUAAGCGACAUUCGACUGCUCUACGGUGUUGACCCCAAGACUAGCACUGAGAUUGAUUUCGAAUUCAAGGACUCUCAGAGCGAGAAGACACAGCGUCGGCCACAGCCUCGUGGACACUGCACAGCGUGCCGUAUCACUUCCGAAGACCCCGGCGAGGGCUUCAAACCUUCCAAUGGUGUCAUGCACGACCUCAACUUCAGGAGUAGUGCUAAUGUGUGGGGUUACUUCUCUGUCAGUACAUCAUCCAGUAUUCACAGUUUCUCUGACAGUCAAUUUGGUCACAUCUUCGCAUAUGGUGAGAGCCGAGCAACCUCGCGGAAGAACAUGGUUGUCGCACUGAAAGAGCUCAGCAUUCGUGGUGACUUCAGGACAACCGUUGAGUAUCUUAUCAAGCUGCUUGAGACAGAGGCCUUUGAGGAAAACACGAUUACCACAGGCUGGCUAGAUGAGCUGAUUUCCAAGCGAUUGACGGCUGAGCGACCUGACCCCAUCCUGGCGGUCGUUUGUGGUGCUACGACAAAAGCUCACAUCGCCUGUGAAGCAACCAUUAGCGAGUACCGCGCUGGCCUAGAAAGAGGCCAGGUGCCCUCCAAGGAUAUACUCAAGACGGUUUUCCCAAUUGAUUACAUUUAUGAAGGCCAUCGUUACAAAUUCACGGCUACCCGUGCGGCUGUUGACAGCUAUCAUCUAUUCAUCAAUGGAUCAAAAUGCCAAGUCGGUCUUCGACCCUUGAGUGAUGGCGGUCUCCUAAUUUUGAUCAACGGCCGAAGCCACAGCGUUUACUGGAAGGAGGAAGUUGGUGCCACACGUAUCUCUGUGGACGGCAAGACUUGCCUCCUUGAGCAAGAGAACGAUCCCACUCAGUUGCGUACUCCUAGCCCGGGUAAGCUAGUGAAGUACACCGUUGAGAACGGUGAGCACGUUAAAGCUGGUCAAACCUUCGCCGAAGUUGAGGUCAUGAAGAUGUUCAUGCCCCUGAUUGCCCAAGAGGACGGUAUUGUCCAACAGCUCAAGCAGCCAGGAGUCACCAUUGAAGCUGGUGAUAUUUUGGCUGUCCUUGCUCUGGAUGAUCCCUCGCGCGUCAAACAGGCUCAACCUUUCCUUGGCCAGCUGCCGGACCUUGGUCAACCGCAAGUGGGUGGUAACAAGCCCGCUCAGAGAUUCAACCGGCUCUACGCUAUUCUGCAAAACAUCCUCAUGGGCUUUGACAACUCGGUCAUCAUGCAACAAACCUUGAAGGAAAUGGUUGAGGUGCUCAGGGAUCCUGAGCUUCCGUACAGCGAGUGGGCCGCACAUCAUUCUGCUCUUCAUUCAAGAAUGCCGCAGAAGCUUGACGCUACGUUUACCCAAGUUAUUGAGCGAUCUAAGGCUAGAGGAACAGAAUUCCCUGCGAAGGCUCUGGCUAAGACAUUUGCCAAGUUUGUCAGUGACAACCUAUCCCCAGCCGAUGCUGAUACUUUACGGGUCACCCUUGAGCCAUUGUUGAAUGUCCUUAUCAACUAUGCCGAAGGACAGAAGGUCAGAGAACUCAACGCCAUCUCCUCACUCCUCUCCCUCUAUGCCGACGUCGAGUCACUUUUCGCCCACCGUCGUACACAGGAUGAAGACGUCAUCCUCAAACUCCGUGAGGAGCACAAGGAGGACCCUUCAAAGGUCAUUCAGAUCGUCCUCUCUCACAGCCGCGUCGGUUCCAAGAACCACCUAGUGUUGGCUCUAUUGGAUGAGUAUCGCCCAAAUAAGCCAAAUGUCGGCAAUGUCGCCAAGCACUUCAAGCCUGUCCUGCGAAAGAUGGCUGAACUUGACUCCCGAAUGACUGCAAAGGUAUCUCUCAAGGCGAGAGAAAUUCUGAUUCAGUGUGCUCUGCCGUCGCUAGAGGAACGGACAGCCCAAAUGGAGCACAUCCUGCGUUCUGCAGUGGUUGAGAAUAAAUAUGGUGAGACUGGCUGGGAACACCGACAGCCAAAUCUCGAGGUUAUUCAGGAAGUAGUCGACUCCAAGUACACUAUCUUCGACGUAUUGUCAUCAUUCUUCGCUCACGACGACCCAUGGGUUUCGACCGCUGCACUGGAGGUCUACGUUCGUCGGGCCUACCGUGCAUACAAUGUUACCAAGGUUGAGUAUCAUGCUGAUGAGACUGACACAAAUCCUGCUUACAUUUCCUGGGAUUUCUCAUUCCGCAAGUCUGGAAAGAACGAGUUUGAUUUCACCGCUCAGUCAACAAAUCCUUCUGUGCCUGGUACUCCUCACCCCCAAGAAUUCGGGUUCAAUCGCAUUAGCUCUGUUAGUGACAUGAGCUACCUUGACCAUAUUACCGAACCUGAGGCUGUGCGGAAGGGUGUGAUCGUUCCAUGCAGAUACCUGGAUGAUGUCGAAGAAUGUCUACUCAAGGCAUUAGAAACACUUCCCUCUCGAAAGGCCCGCACUCCCAGUGCCGUUCCCGAUCUUGCUGGCAGGCGUAGAGUCCAAAAUGACGAACUCUCCAAUGUUAUCAAUAUUGCCGUUCGGGACUCUGAAAAUGCCGAUGACCAGGAAAUAACUACAAGGAUUCGAGCUCUUGUAGAAGGAUUACGGCCAGAGUUGUACUCACGCCGCCUUCGCCGCUUCACCCUGGUGUGUGGUCGAAACGAUGGUUCAUACCCCCGUUAUUACACAUUCCGUGGUCCGGAGUACCUGGAAGAUAACAGCAUUCGUCACGUCGAGCCUUCUCUAGCUUUCCAGCUUGAGCUCCAGCGUCUCUCCAAAUUCAAGAUCACUCCCGUUUUCACAGAAAACAAGAACAUCCACGUUUACGAGGCUGUUGGAAAGGGAGUUGAAACUGACAAGCGUUACUUCACUCGUGCUGUCAUUCGACCUGGGCGCCUACGGGAUGACAUUCCUACCGCUGAAUACCUUGUUUCCGAGACAGACCGAGUCAUUAAUGAUAUCUUCGACGCACUGGAGAUCAUUGGCAACAACAACUCGGAUCUUAACCACAUGUUCUUGAACUUCUCUCCAGUUUUCCAAUUGAAGCCCGAAGAAGUCCAACACUCCCUGCAAGGCUUCCUGGAUCGAUUUGGACCUCGUGCCUGGCGUCUGCGUGUGUCUCAUGUUGAGAUUCGCAUCAUCUGCACUGAUGCCGAAACAGGCAUGCCGGUCCCUCUGCGUGUCUUGAUCAGCAACACAUCUGGAUAUGUAAUCCAGGUUGAGAUCUACGCUGAGCGGAAGUCCGAGAAGGGUGAAAUGAUCUUCCACUCAAUUGGCGGCAGCAACAAGAUCGGCUCCAUGCAUCUAAUGCCCGUUACCACUCCCUACCCAACCAAGAACUGGCUUCAGCCUAAGCGAUACAAGGCACACCUUAUGGGCACUCAGUAUGUGUACGAUUUCCCAGAGCUCUUCAGACAAGCUGUCGAGAAUAGCUGGAUACGAAUCGUCAAGGAGCAACCCAGCCUUGCGGACAAGAAACCUCAGCACGGUGAAUGCAUUGACUUCAGCGAGUUGGUUCUUGAUGACCAUGACAAACUUGCUGAAGUCUCUCGCGAGCCCGGCACCAACACAUGUGGCAUGGUCGGUUGGGUCAUCAAUGCCCGCACCCCAGAGUAUCCCAAGGGCCGUAAGUUCAUUGUAGUAGCCAACGAUAUCACCUAUAAGAUCGGUUCCUUCGGACCUAAAGAGGACCACUUCUUCAACAAGUGUACCGAGCUAGCUCGUAGCAUGGGAAUUCCCCGCAUCUACCUUUCUGCCAACUCAGGUGCUCGGCUUGGCUUAGCUGAGGAGUUAAUCCCGCACUUCAAGGUUGCUUGGAAUGAUCCUAACAAACAGGAAUCUGGCUUCAAAUACUUAUACCUUGAUGAAGCCACGAAGCAGCGGUUUGAGGACGGCGCGGCCCGUGAUGUUAUUACGGAACCAGUUAGCGAAGACGGCGAGAAGAGACAUAAGAUUGUGGCUAUUGUCGGUGGCGUAGAUGGUCUUGGUGUUGAAUGCUUGAGAGGCUCGGGUCUAAUUGCUGGCGCAACAAGCCGAGCCUACAAUGACAUCUUCACAAUUACACUUAUCACCUGCCGAUCUAUUGGUAUUGGUGCUUACCUUGUUCGUCUCGGCCAACGUGCCAUCCAGAUUGAGGGCCAGCCCAUUAUUCUUACUGGUGCUGGUGCUUUGAACAACCUGCUGGGACGCGAAGUAUAUACUUCUAACCUACAGCUUGGUGGCACCCAGAUCAUGUACCGCAACGGUGUUUCUCACAUGACUGCCAAUGACGACUUCGCUGGUGUUUCAAGGAUUGUAGAGUGGCUGUCGUUCAUUCCUGCCCAGCGCAACCUUCCAGUUCCUAUCACCCCUAGCAUCGAUACUUGGGAUCGCGAUAUUGUGUACACACCACCUAACAAGCAGCCUUAUGACGUCAGAUGGCUCAUUGGCGGUAAGCAGGAUGAGGAUGGCUUCCAGCCCGGUCUAUUUGACAGGAAUUCAUUCGUUGAGACCCUUGGUGGCUGGGCCCGUACUGUUGUCGUUGGCCGUGCUCGUCUCGGUGGUAUUCCGAUGGGUGUCAUCGCCGUCGAGACCCGAACUGUGGAGAACAUCACUCCUGCAGACCCAGCUAACCCCGACUCGGUGGAGCAGGUUACUAAUGAAGCCGGCGGCGUCUGGUACCCCAACUCGGCCUUUAAGACAGCUCAAGCCAUUAAUGACUUCAACCACGGUGAGCAGUUGCCACUGAUGAUCCUCGCCAACUGGAGAGGUUUCUCUGGUGGUCAGCGUGAUAUGUACAACGAGGUCUUGAAGUACGGAUCAUACAUUGUCGAUGCAUUAGUCAAGUAUGAACAGCCCAUCUUUGUAUACAUUCCGCCCUUUGGUGAGCUCCGUGGUGGUUCUUGGGUCGUUGUCGACCCUACAAUCAACCCCAUCGCCAUGGAGAUGUAUGCUGAUGUCGAGUCCCGUGCUGGUGUUCUCGAACCCGAGGGUAUCAUCGGCAUCAAGUACAAGAAAGAGAAGCAGCUCGAAACUAUGGCACGUCUUGACCCGACAUAUGCCGCGCUCAAGAAGCAGGCUGCGGAGAAGGACUUGACCAAGGAUGAGCUUGAGCAUAUCAAGGCUCAGAUGACGGUCCGAGAGAAGCAACUGUUACCCAUCUACGCCCAGAUCAGUAUCCAAUUUGCCGAUCUACACGAUCGUGCCGGGCGCAUGAAGGCCAAAGGUACGAUUCGCGAGGCUAUUGAGUGGAAGAACGCCCGUCGGUUCUUCUACUGGCGUGCCCGUAGACGACUCAAUGAGGAUUACGUUCUCAAGCGCAUGGCUACUGCCACUGGAUCUAAGACGACAGAUUCUAGCAGCACCGGGGCCAUCGAGACACGACAGAAACAUCUACGCCUGCUUGAGGCCUGGUCAGGUAUCACCAACUUCUCUAACGAAGACAGAGAGGUGGUUACAUGGUACGAGGAGAAUGCCAAGACGAUAUCCAACAAGAUGGAGCAGAUGAAGGCUGAGACUGUGUCUCGAAACAUGGCGGAAUUGAUGAGUGGCGACAAGGUUGCGGCUCUUAAGGGUCUCAAGGACUUGCUGCACACGAUACCCGUUGACGAGAGGGAAGAGAUCAUGAGGUACUUGAAGUAAAAGAAAAAGUCCUAUGUGUAAUAAUGAGGUGGCAUGUAUGAAUUAGUUCAACCCGGACAAGGGCGGGAAAGGGGUAACGGAGUGAGUUUUUCUUGAAUUUUUUGUCUUUUGCACGGGCUAGG